GCCGAGGGGGUUAUAUUUAGAAAAGCAGGACUGCCCCCAGGGCGCGCGGGCCGCUAACUCAGCCGAGGGACUCGGGCCUAGUGCGGAGGAAGAAGCUUCGUCGCCGGGGAGUGGGCUUCAGCGCUGAGGGGUCAGGGCCCUGGGGCAGCCUCCGGGAGCUUCCCAGAGCGCGUGGGGAGCCUGGAGCCUCUAGCUGAGGCAGGAAGAGAGGCCCGGACUGGUUGAGAAGCGGUCCUGGGGCUGCGUCGUACUGUUCUGGCUUUCUUGACUCUCCUGGUUAAGAGGAAGGAAACCCGAGGCACACUUCGGGCAGGCAGAGCUGGCAGUGGAAAGGGAGCAUCCCAUUCAUGAGGCAAAUUAGCAGCACCUUCUGAGCGUAUGUUCUGUUAGGACUCAGGGAACGGGUGCUGAACACAUCAUUGUAAGUUCAGUGAAAUGCAGCAUCUCUAGGUGAUGUUUUCUACCCUUUGUAAGAUCCUGGCCCUUUCCGGCCCCAGAGAAUGGACCUGGAGCUGUUAAAUGCCCGUUUCCAAAAAAGAUAAAAACACCAUUCAGCACCGAGUAGGUUUCUUUUGGAAAUUUAUUCAUUCUUCAAGCAAAUUGAUAACUGCUAGAUAAUUUGGCUUUGGCCUGGGAUGAAACUUUUUCUUUUCCACUUGAAUCCAGAAAACCUAGAGUAUAUUUAUAAAACGCCACCUUCAACUUUGCUAAAUGCACGACAGAAAAAUAAGUGAGGUUUCUAAGCUUUCACCGGAGAGAGUUGAAGUUCACGGGGUUAAGGAUAACGGGAUUUGUAAACACAUGCUCUCGUAUUCUGUUGGUUUGCUGUCCACGUCAUGCAGUCACUCAUGUUUAUCCUUAGCUGCAGCAGGUGCCAGGAUCCAUAGGUCUCGUUGCAUAGUGUACGGUCCUUCUGAAAUGGUUGUUUUAGGGAGAAGGGAGUACAUAUCCAGGAAAGUACUUUUCCAGAGGUAGGGCCCAGAGUAACAUUUGAAGGGUUUAUGAUCUGAGUGAACCUGGGCUAGAUGGUUAACUUAAAAAAUGGGGCUGUGGAUUGUAGGGGUGAAAUAAAAUAUAUGCAAAAAAUGUUUCUACAUACUUAGCGCUCAGUCAGCAGUCUAAUGAGAGGAACAGGGACUUGCUUGGAGAAGGAUAAAACUCAGGGGAUGGUAUUUGUUCUUUGUGGCCUGAUGGUGUGGGUGGCAGCUACAAAGACAAUCAGGUAAUAGAGAAGAACUUUCUAAAGGGUACCUAGAGAUAGAAUGGAGCAAGUACUUCAAAAGGUAGGGAAUUCUUUUUCACUGCAAGGUUUUGAAAAAAAUUUGAUUGUAAAAUGAGUUUAUUUUAGACUAUUUGGUAAAUACAAUUAAGUAUAAAGAAGUAGGGAAAAGCCCUUAGUGUUUAUUCACCAGAGGCAAUCCAUUUUAGCACAGUUUCUUGUGUUCUUUUUCCACGUGGUCUUAAUUAGAGAGUCUUUUGGGUUGAUAAUAUAUUCAUAUGCCUUUCAGCAAUCCAGUUCUCUUUCCUGGAGGUCACCAGUUUUUACCAGAGAUAGUUUUUCAUUUGGUUUUGUAGCAUAAGCAUUGUCCUAUAUCAUUAUAAUUCUUCAUAAAUGUUAAUUUUACUUGUAUUCUAUUUUUUCAACAGACCAUUUAAUGUUUCUAAAUUAAACAUUUGGUUGGAUAUUUGUGGUGUUUCUAGUUUUUCAUUGUUAUAGAUAACACUGAACAUCUGUGUAUCCUUUUUUUAUUUCAUUUGGGCUUUUUCUUAGGCUAGAUCCUCAGAAAUGGACUUUUUAGAUCAAAAGCUAACAUAUUUAAGACUCUUGAAAUAUCUUGCUAAAAUAUUUUCCUGAAAAUGUGUCAGUUUAUAUCACUCAGCAAUAUAUGCUUGUGACCCAUAUCCUUGCCAGCAUCAGAUAUUCCAGACUAACAUCUUUGCUAAUUUGAUAGAUUGAAAGGUGGUAUCUUGAUUUACUUUGCAUUUCUUGCAUAACUUAUGAGGGAGCAUCUUUCAGCUGUUUAUUAAUUAUUUAAUUUUCUGUUUAGACUUUUAAAUUUUUUGGCGUGUGUGUGAGUGAGUGUGUCUUUGUUCUUGGCCUAUUGUGAUCAUUACUGAAAUUUUUGUGUGCUGUUAAAAUCAAUUUGUAUGAUUAUUUAAGGAUAUAUGUUUAUAAUCUAUUUAUGCAGAGCCCCCUUUUAUCUUUUUAAAUAGAAGAUUUGCAUUGUGGUCACUUGAUUUUCUUUAGAUUUAAAGACCUCUCUUCAAAAUCGGUAUAUAUUUUUUGUGGUACAUUUAAUUUUUUUUCAUUUUAUUUUUUAAUCUAUAAUUAAUGUUAGCAUUUGGUGUGAGGUGAGAAUCUAGAUAGAUUUUAUUUUCCAAGUAACAGUUGUUCCAGCAUCCCUUUAAUAAUCCUUUGCUAAGUCCACUGAGUUAAGAUACUAAUUUUUAAGGAGGCUUUUAAGGAUGGACUGAUUACCUCUUGACAAAUGAAUAGAGGCUAUUUAAGAAUUAGAAGAGGUUGUUUUUCAUGACUUUCUAACGUGAGCAUUUCGAUAACUUGUUUAUGUUUAAGGUAAUUUGAUUUAGUUUUGUGUUUCUAACAAAUUAAGCUACAGCUGGAGUGGUGAUUGUUUCCACAGAUUAUGUCCUUGGGCUGAACUGAUAUAUUUUCCUUCCUAGUGAAUUUCCAAAUAUGUGGCUAGCCAAGGUGCUGAUUUCCAUAGGAGAUUUCUGUUAAAGAGGUUUAUUUAUUUAUGUACUCAUCUUAAUUAAAAUUCUUUCCCUUGAAUGGUGUAGAACUUGGGGAAAGGAAGAACUAGAUUUUAAAAGAUGUUGCUUAUUAUAAAACAAUUUUACUGCUUUCGGAAAAUGGCAUCAGAAUUUUAAAGUUACUUUAAAAAUAAUGAUGCCUUUUCUUGACACUAAUUUUUCAAAUGGCCUGUGCCAUUGACACAUUAUUUGUAUCUUACUACCCCCUGAAAUAUAAUAAUGGGCUUAAAAAGGUAUACUGUUAUAUUGGUGCUGUGAGAGGUAAUAAGUGUGAAUCUUUUUUUUUUUUGACAUGUAUAUGUUUUUACUUGGGACUUUGUAAAUAGAUGAUGGGCUCUUAUUUUAAGGAAGUGAUAGGUUCUUGUUCAACAUCUUUUUUUUUCAAUCCCAAUGUUUUUGCAGACUUCAAUGAAUUUGUAAAUAUAUUGUUUUAACCUUCUCAUAACCUUACUUUCUUACACUCUCUGGAAGAAAAUAAACUCUUGAGCCAUAUUUGCGAGUGGGUAUUUUUUCAGUAUAUUUGUGGGCUUGCUAAUGGGACAGAUGUCAACAGGAUUUUGAAAAGGUUUCAUUUUAUGAAACGUAAGUUAGGAGAGAUCUAGAUUACUAUUAGAAUAAACCCUACUGAGAAACUGAUGUUUCUCAAAAUAUGGCACCUUAGCAUAUUGGAUAUUUUAAGCUGAAGGAGUUUGAGAAAACAGAACUAGGAAUGUCAUUCUGACCAGCCCCCCAUUCCCUUUGUACCUUGCCCUUCUUCCUUGCAAUAGGCCAUUGUAUGAGAGGUGCCUUCCCUAUACUUGGAACAUCCUUAUUUCUGAAGACUAGGGGCCCAGACAGGAAUGUGAACAAACAGGCCUUAUUCAGUUGCCCACAGUUUACUACAAUUAUGUCAUACGCCUUACGCUACCAUAUUCCUCCAUAACUGUCCCCUCUUCACCAAACCUAGCAUAAAAGUACAAAGGUCUAACUAUUCUUCAUUUCCUUAUGAAGGCUUUUGUGUCAUGUAAAACUCAUAUUAAACAGAUUUGUAUGCUUUUCUCCUGUUAAUCUGUUUCUGUCAGUUAAAUUUUCAGACCGAGCCCAGGGAUCCUAAGAGAGGGAAGGAAAGCUUUCUUGGACAACUUUUCCUAUUCUGGACAUUUCGUGUCAAUGGAAUCAUUCAAAAUACAGCAUUUUUGGUCUGGCUUUCUUCAUUCAGAAUAAUAUAUUCAUGGUUCAUCCAUGUUGUAAUAUGUGACAGUACUUUUUUAUGACUAAUACUCCAUCAUAUGGAUAUGCUACAUUUUGUUUAUCCCUUCCUCAGUUGAUGAACUUUUGGGUUAUUUCCACUUUUUGGUUAUUCUGAAUAUUGCUGCUAUGAACAUUCAUGUACAAGUUUUUGUGUGACUAUAUGUUUUCAAUUCUUUUGUGUAUAUACGUAGGAGUGGAAAUACCGGGUCAUUUGCUCACUCUGUUUAACUCUUUGAGGAAUUACCAAAUUGUUUUCCCAAGAGGCUGCACCAUUUUACAUUUCCAUCAGCAAUGUAUGAGGCUCCCAGUUUUUCCACAUCCAUGUCAACAUUUGCUAUUGUUCUCAUUUUGAAUAUAGCCAUCCUGAUGACUGGAGUUGAUGUAAACGUGGUCAUGCUUCAGGAGUCCCGAGUUUAUUUUAUGGAGACCAGUCAGCAGUUCUGUUAUAAAAAUGUACUUAUCCCAAAGUGGUAUGAUGUAUGGACACGGAUACAGAUCCGAGUAAAUAGUUCCAAACUGGUACGAGUCACCCAGGUGGAGAAUGAGGAUAAACUGAAGGAGCUAGAGCAGUUUAGUAUCUGGAACUUUUUUUCCUCUUUUUUAAAAGAGAAAUUGAAUGACACAUAUGUUAAUGUGGGUCUGUACAGCACAGAAACCUGCCUCAAAAUUGAGAUUAUAGAGGAAGACACCAAAUACAGUGUCACUGUGACCCGGAGAUUUGACCCCAGACUCUUCCUCAUUUUCCUCCUUGGACUUAUGCUUUUUUUUUGUGGAGACUUGCUGAGCAGAAGCCACAUCUUCUACUAUUCCACUGGGAUGAGUGUGGGAAUUAUAGCCUCUUUACUGAUCGUCAUUUUUGUACUGUCCAAGUUUAUGCCCAAGAAAAGUCCCAUUUACAUCAUCCUAGUGGGAGGCUGGUCCUUUUCUCUGUACCUCAUUCAACUCAUUUUAAAAAAUUUACAAGAGAUCUGGAGGUGUUACUGGCAGUAUCUUUUAAGCUAUGUCCUCACAGUUGGCUUUGUGAGUUUUGCAGUCUGUUACAAGUAUGGGCCUCUGGAGAAUGAACGAAGCAUCAGCCUGCUGACCUGGACCUUGCAGCUGAUGGGCCUGUGUUUCAUGUAUUCUGGUAUCCAGAUACCACACACUGCUCUUGCCAUUGUCAUCACGGCUCUGUGUGCUAAGAACCUGGAGCACCCUAUUCAGUGGCUCUACAUCACCUACAGAAAGGUGUGUAAGGCAACAGAAAAGACUGUCCCCCCUCGUCUCCUGACAGAAGAAGAAUAUCGGGUACAAGGAGAGGUGGAGACCCGAAAGGCUUUAGCAGAGCUUCGAGAAUAUUGUAACAGCCCAGACUGCUCUGCUUGGAAGACUGUUACUCGAAUCCAGUCUCCAAAGAGAUUUGCUGACUUUGUGGAAGGUUCUUCCCACCUCACACCAAAUGAGAUCUCUGUCCACGAGCAGGAAUAUGGAUUAGAAAGCAUCAUUGCCCAGGAUGAACUCUCUGAAGAAGCAUCCUCUGAGGAGGAGGACUCUGAUUCUCGGUACCCCACUGUCACACAGCAGAACAACUUCCUGACUUAGGUUGUGGUCUGUCACUUUUAUGUGGACUGGCUUGGUACCUUGAUGGUUCAUGUUGUGUGUACUAUGCAAUUGCUUCUCAGCUCUUUGAAACAGGGUGAGACAGUACAGAAAUUCUCUCGCUGAAAUUAGAAACCGAGGUAGGCUUCUCUCUGUAAAUGGGCUUGGUGGUCUCUCUGGGAUCCCAAUGAAGGAGAGUGGAAAAGUAGCCAAUGCUCUUGGCCCCACCUUAUGUUUCCAGGAUGGCUACAGCUAGCAUAGCAUUCCAUCCCCCCCUUUGAACAUUAAUUCAGUCGUGGCAUUUCUGCCAUUGUGGCUGACACUCAGAAGGGAGACUGUUUCGUGUGUAGUAAUGCUUUCAGACUAUUGUCUGUGUCUUCUAGAGAGAAAUAUGCAAAUCUGAGCCUCCUUCACUUCUGUUUUUAUUUCAGUGACUUUAGAAUAAUUCUUAUUUUAACUCUUUUAAGAGGGAAGUAGAUUUUUGCCUGUCUUGUUUUUUAAAUACAUAUGUUUUUAAAAUGUCACAAAUCCCUGUUCCAGAACUGGCAAGUGCUCCAGAGUGCCCAGCUCCAUAGGCCUUGAGUGUUUAUUAAUGUAUAUUAUUCAUUAAAGCCCCAGAAGCUGUUGUGUUGAGCUUUGAAUUAGUUCUUAAACAUAUGAUGCUUUAAGUAGAAACAGGCCUAUAGUCUCUUCUGUAGGGGAGGUCUUUGAACUUUUGAUCAUAUUCAACUUUUAAUUCCAUCUCAAAAAUACAUUUGUGUUCUUCCUGUCCCAUUCAUCUCUGUCCCCUUUGCCCUUUCAAUAAGAGUCUAUCCUCUCACCUUUGAAGUAUGUACAUGUCAGAGUUUGUUUUGUUGCUGACAUUCUCCCCUGGUUUAUAGCAUAAUUCCUUCUAGUUAGGAGUGAUCUUAUUUAGGGAAUGUAAGUGCUUUUUACUGGUUCUCCAUUUUCUUGUCAGUGGGUCAUAUGUCUUGAGUUGCUGUGGAAUCAGGAACCUGUUUCCUCUUCAUUUCCCUUCCUUUAUCUACCCACUCUACCUGUUCCUUUUGGCCUUUCCUUACCACUUAAACUUGUCCCCAUGACAUUAGGCUAAUUAGAAGCCUUAAAACUAUCUGUGAAAUCUUCAGUACAACAUAUAAGUGAGUAGCUGUCAGUGCCAGUUUGCAUGCCAGGAAAUAGCCCUCCAGGCAACCUUUGUGCCUCUGGUUGUUCAUUUAGCCCUCAGGAGUAGACAUUUUCCAUGAACUUCUUUGCAGUUCCAUUUCUGACCAGAGAUUCAUGCUGCCUUUUGUUAAGAUGGCAUUAGUUUCACAUUCUUUUGCCAUUGGAAAGUACCCUAUAAACCAGCAGUGACAUUUAUGAGGGAGCAGAUUCCCAAGUCUCUGCCCUUUGCGUGGUUCUAUUUGUGAUCUUCACCUUCGUACCUUGGAAAAGGCUAUAAUUGGCUCUAGCCAGGAAGAUAGUCACUGACAGCAAGAGCACAACAUCAGAUUUCCUGGCUCACCAUGAUCAUGGAGAGGGCAGAUGAUUUUUUAAAAAGCUGUAAUGACUCCUUCAGAUAGGCCAUGUAGCAAAUAAUUUUGAAAGGCCUUGGGCUGCAUUGCUAACUUUCAAAAUGUCAGCUAUGAGGCUCCCCUUCAAUGAGCAGUUGAUUAUUUCCACCAGUGUUUCCCACAGCUUUAAACUGUCCUAAAGUGACAACUACCUCAGUUGGCAGCAAAUAGGUAUAUUACAGUAGAAAGUGAAAAAUAAGCAGUGUUUGGUCAGGUGCUGUUGAUAAAGCUGCAGCAAAGGAGCUUUAUAUUGGGAAACAUUUAUGCCUUUGUAAAUUAUACACAUGGUAAAAUUUUAUCUCUACAAAGAACUGUUUAACCUCUGGGAUUUACUACUUUUUGCCAUGUUUACAGAAAGCAAGACCUAAUGUAUUUGAGUGUAAGUUGGUUUGAAAACUCAGCUGUACAAGUAGUCUCAGGAUUCCCAGAGACCUUUGUGCCAUCCCCCAAAUGGCUCCUUAGGGAAGUGGUAGCCUGCCUCCAGGGUGACUUCUGACUUAGGCCUUUAUUUCUGUGAAAAAGCAUAGCGAAGUGAGGAAAGUCUCCUUUUUUUCUGUUUAGUAAACUCCUUAUGAAGGAUAAUUUCCAUCUCGAGACCAGUUUUUUCACUGUUUGAAUUUGGGAUGAAUAAAAUCAAACUCAGUUUAUUGCUGCCCAUCUGGUAGUUGGAGAACUGAGCUGUAGGCAGUGGAGAUGACAAUGAGAGCCACUUGCAGACAGUGCAGGAUGGUACCUCUGGUGUGCUGUGUGUCCUUGGCCUGCCUGCUUAUGUGGCGCUGCCCCAGAUGCUUCAGAGUCUCCAUGUACCCAGAGAUUGCCCGACUCCAUGAGCCUUCUAUGGAAGCUGCCCUUGUCUCCCUCUUGGCCACUUAGUCUGUUGGCUCAGUCACUACUUGAAGCCCCCAUUUAAUUUCCUCUGGCAGUUACACUUGCAGUUUCAGCACAGUCCCUUCUCUCAGACCAAUCUCAUCAAGAGGAAUUGAAGGGUAACUGGAGUGAGCUGGGCACUGGAGCCGUGUCUGCUGCCAGGUUGGCGUCUUGCUAGGGAAAUAUCAAGCUGUACAUUGGCCCUUGGGCUCAGGGUCUCAUCAGUAUUGGAAAUCCAUUGCCUCUAAUCAGUCUGACCAACUUGUGUAGAGCAUGACUCUCAUUAAUGGGAACACAGGAGCCAGCUGGCCUAAAACAUUCCCCUUCAUUUUCCCACUCAGAUUGCUUUCCUGAGACCAAGGGAAACAAUGAUCAAAUAAGGAAAAUUUAGUAACUUUGAUAUCUUCUAAUAAUAAAUUCUUAUCAGCCACUUUCUCCUACCAAAACUAGUUUAUUUUUCCCUCCAGAUUCAUGAUUUUUAUGUCUGUUAUAAAGGGAGAUUUUGCUGAUGAUAGUCUUUAGGUCCCAAUGUUCUAUUUUGUGCUAAUACAACCCAUUCAAGGGCCUAGCCCUUUCAUCAUUGACUGUGUUUCCUUCAACCCAGUUCCCAUUGGCACAUCUGAUAUAAAUUUGAUGCAUGAAAGGACCCAAGUAGGCCAGAUAGUACCCCCAGGCCCUGAUAUCCACAAGUGGCUUGGAAAUAAAUUAUGCAAUGCUCUCAAUCUUUUUGUUAUUCCAGAAAAAAAGAUGGCUCAGAUGGAUACCCACUAAAAAAUGGUUCUAGCUGUGUACUCACAACUUCUGUGAACUGAGUACUGAAAACUGAGAUAGGAGGAAAGGAAACUAUUACUAAAGUAUUCCUCUAGACUGAGGCCGGAUGUGAGGUAACAACCUGUAGUGAAAUGCCAAGAAUUUUAUCUGACUUGAGGAGAGGACAGUUUAACAGAUUUAUUAUGCAUUAUGUUGCAUAGGCACUGAAACCGAGUAAUAAGUGAAAUAGCCUUUGUACAAGGCAGAUGCACGUAAUACCUUUUGUUUAUAUUGUGAUGUAGCAGGAAUUUUUUUUUUUUUUAGGAAAGCCUAUGCAAUUGUGGUGAUCCACUGGUGUCUCUUGAUAACUUAGCUUAUGAAUUCAGUUGCUGUUGACUUGGAUUCUAAAUGGUUACUACCUUAAAAAGGGUGUUUGGUGCCUUAAGUGAUGGGAGCCAGAGUCUGAGUAGAACAAAUUUAGCAGAUCGACACCAACAUCAACACACAGCUUUAGUGGAGAUGGGGAUGAAUGAUACACAGCCCCAACUUUGGGACUUUUGGCUCCCACACCUCCCAUUCAUGUGUGUCAUUUUCCUCUUCACAUUUCUUGACAAUAACUUGAAAAUGGUGAAAUCACCUUCUUUGGACUUUCCUACAGCAUGGGCAACAUUCUUACGUGGUAACAGGUAGCUCAUAAUGUGGUAGAAAUGUUACAGCCUGCGAUUGUCUCAGUUGCCCAUGUUUCUAGAAUUGAUGGCAAAAUAGUAGGGGUAAUGAAUUCAUGGGUAAGUUUUAAGCCUGUGGGUAAUAGCUGUUAUUUAAAAGUAUUUGUCAUUUAUAUUUAAAACGAAUGUUCAUGGGUGUUUGAAAGGAACAAAAUGAUCAGGGAUGGCUUUUUGCCAUGAGUCUCAUUUUCACUCUUUUCUGUAAGAAAAAAUAAGUGUCUUAUUAUUAUAUAUUUUUUCAUUUUUAUUGUACAAUUUUGUAAGUAAUUGCAAUUUUAAUAAAGUUUUAUAGACAAUA